GGGGAAGGAGCCGCGUGCGGACACCGGCGCCGCCAUCAUGGCGGCCUGAGGCGCGGCGGGUUCGGCGCCGGGAGCGGCGGGACGGGAGGCCAGGAGCGGAGAGAUUGAAAACCUAGAAUGGCAGGAGAACAGAAGCCGUCCUGCAAUCUUCUAGAGCAGUUCAUUUUACUAGCCAAAGGAACAAGUGGCUCAGCUCUGACUGCUCUUAUAAAUCAAGUGCUGGAAGCUCCUGGGGUUUAUGUCUUUGGAGAGCUGUUGGAGUUAACAAAUGUGAAAGAGCUUGCUGAGGGGUCUAAUGCUGCUUAUUUCCAGCUGCUGAACCUGUUUGCAUAUGGAACAUACCGGGACUAUGUAGCAAACAAAGAUAACCUGCCUGAAUUAACAGUGACUCAGAAAAACAAGCUGAAACACUUGACGAUCGUAAGCCUGGCUUCCCGAAUGAAGUGCAUUCCCUAUUCUGUGUUGCUGAAGGACCUGGAUAUGAGGAAUCUGAGGGAGCUGGAAGAUCUCAUUAUUGAAGCGGUUUACACAGACAUUAUCCAAGGGAAGCUGGAUCAACGAAACCAGGUGUUAGAGGUGGAUUUUUGUAUCGGCAGAGACAUUCAGAGGAAGGACAUCAGUAACAUUGUCAAAACACUCCAGGAAUGGUGUGAUGGCUGUGAAGCAGUUCUUUUAGGAAUUGAGCAGCAAGUACUUAGAGCCAACCAGUACAAAGAGAACCACCACCGAACUCAGCAGCAGGUAGAGAUGGAGGUCACAAACAUAAAGAAAACAUUAAAAGCUACAGCCUCGUCGUCGGCACAGGAGAUGGAACAGCAGCUGGUAGAGCGAGAGUGCCCUCCACACACAGAACAAAGGCAGCCCACAAAGAAGAUGUCCAAAGUCAAAGGGCUGGUCUCCAGCCGUCACUAGAACGUACCAUCUAAAUGUCAGCUGGUUAGGAGUGACAACAGGAGGAGCAAAACGGGCCUGCGUCUCCUUUUUCAGUGGGUUCUGGGCCAGUCCCUUCCCGGCUGGCAAGUAAAAGCCCUGUUUGAACAGCUCCCAAUUAGCAGCACCUGGCUAAGUUACACUGUGCAGCUCCUAUGAGUUUUCAGGGUGUCCCUGUUCUAGUCCUGUCAAGAGGGACUUUUAAAGAAAGGGACUAACCAAAAGGGGCAUGAAAAAACCAAAAUAUCUGUUGACUGUUUUGCUCCCUCCCAGCUAGUUCAUUGCUGCUUAACCUUGAGGAAGCUGCUGUACUAAAUCAUCAUGGGAGAACUUCUAUAGCAAGCAUCUGAAUCCCAGGGUUGAAGUGUGGCUACCAAAGCCAGGCUGGGAGCGAGGAAGCCAUCAACACAGAUCUUUUCAUUCCCAAAGGGAGCGCAGGAAGGUUUUCUAGGUCAGGAACUGCUUUACAUGGAAGUCUUCAGCCUUUCCGCUACCCCUGUCUAUUUUAAACUGGGGUGAAAUUCACACUACCUCUCUCUGUGAAGAUGAGUUCCAGUGCUGGGCUGUUUACUUAACUGUGUUUACUGCCCUUACUAAGCCCUUUAAUCUCUCACAGAUUUAAAGCACUGUUCUGCAUCUCUGAGGCAUCAGUACAAUACGGAGGAAGAAGGCUGCUCUUCCACACAGACCUCGCAGGUGGUUAGGGGCAUGCUAGAAACUAUUCCUCCUGAAUGUGAUGUGACCUCCCAGAGCUGCUUGUGAGUUGUUUCCCCCAUGAAUACCUUUAAAGGGUAAUGCAUUCGCUCUUCCUUGGAUGCUGGCGACGGUGGGAGAGGAGCCUGUUUGGCAUUGAGGCAGGCUGGUGGCCCAGGACCCACUGGCAGGGGUCGCAGCAGCAUCCCCUUGCUGAAGCAAUGGACUUGACUAGUCUUUCUGAAUUUUGAACACUUUCAGGUUGUAUUUUCCUCCUUUUUUUUUUUUUUUUUUUUUUUGUACAUUGUUGUGAUUCUAAAGCAUUUCAGCCUUUGUUUCAUGGGUUAUUUUUUUUUUAUUUGUUACAAACUUACUUCAGGUGAUUUGCACCUAGUUUGGCAGGGUGUGGGGUUUUUUUUUAAGGGGGAAGCAUUGGAACAGCAAUUCAUAAAAAAAGCACAUUUUAGAAAAAAAAUUAAAAAUGCUGAUUUAAUCUCAGAGUCUGGAGUCUUGACUUCGAGGCUGUUUUAGGCUUGUUGUCCAAUGGCACUUGUUCACUUGUGCAUUUAUUUGAUUCUUGGUGUAAGUUGACUGAAGAUCUGACUCAUCUUUUUGAUGCAUCUGGGAGACAGGGAAGCCUCUUCAUGUUUUGUCAGUAGUUCAUCUUUGUCCAGAUUUGUGUAGAAGGAUCCAUGGCAAAGCUGGUAGCUGAGCCCCGUAUCGUGAGCCUAAACAGCUUUGAUGCCUGGUUGUAGAAAGUCUGUAGUUGUGCUCCUAGGCCAGUCAUCUCCUUCCUUUGCGUCUAGCAGAGUGCUGCUUUGUACUUUGGCCCCUGCAUUUCACUUCUCUAAAGAGAAGCUCUUUCCCUGAGCAGGCAGGGGAGCUCUUUAGGCAGAGGACUGUGACAGUACUCCAGUCCUGCAGCCAGCUGUCACCUGCAUUUGCUUGUGCAACGCACGUGCCUUCCUCUUACUGCUACCAGGACUCUUUGCCAUCUGCAUGUUUGCAGUCCUCAGUCACAGGACUUGCUCACUUGUGAAAGUAAAUCCCUCUCCUUUUCUUCUCCUUCAGUGCAGGCAUACCAGCUUUUAAACUGGAGAGGAAGAUCUAAAUACCCUCCCUCCAGUUUCCUGUGGAUCAAGUCCCAGAAAUUUCUGAUUGUGGUCAGGCUUCUGAUUCUUUACCAGCUCUCUCUCCCCCUUGAAAUGCAACAAGGAUGUUAAGUGGAUAGGCUCAGAGCGCGAAGCCUUCACCACUAACUCAAGGGAACUGUUUCCCAAGCAGUGGCAGUAUUAGCUCCUGUUUCAGCUUCUCCCAGUGUUCAGCUGACAGCUUCUCAGGAAAGUGCUGAUGGACCUCUGGCUUGCUGUGUGGACAGCUGUAAUGUGCUUGUCAUCCAGUUCCUCACUGGAUUUGACUAGUGAGGAGAGGCUCUAUGGUCCUCUUUACAUUUUUAAUAUCAGUCCUGCAAAAUGGCAGGAGGAAUACAAAUGCUUUUGGGAAUCAUUUUAGCUCCUCAUCAAGCCACAGUGUGGGGAAAUAGAUGUUUGGCACCCUUGAUGUUUAUUCCCUCCCAGUUACAGGAGUCACAUUAAUUUGCUGAAGCUUCUUUAGUGGUUGUAAUUUUUGAGUUCUUCUGUUUUUGCUGUUCUCAAAGCCUGGCUGGGGGUGGGGAUCUUAUUUACACUUUGGUUCACAUUGCCUUUGAUCAGCAAAGCAGCAAGGGAGGAAAUAGCACUUUGAAUAAAGAGCUGUCCCAUGUCUGAUGGUGACAGAGGGCAGAGAAGGGACUGGAGUAUUGGAGGGGAUGGAGCUGUUUGGGUGUUUGGCUUUCCUGGUGUGCCAGCAAAGGGCUUGGUGCUGCAAAAGGUGGGGGAUGUCUGCAAUGAGCCCAGGCUGAGAUGAGUCAUUAACAAAUGACAUGCACAGAGUACCUGGGGGAGGCAAACAGCUCUGCAGCAGCUGGUUAAUGAAUCUGGCUUGAAGGAAAGAGUUAGAAGCUAUUCCAGGAAUGAAGCAGAAGGCAGGGUUGUUAACAGGCAAGGAUGCAGGAGGUGCUGUGCUGUUUCAGAACAACAGAUAAAGACUGUGUUGAUGCCCUCUGACUACAGGAAGGGCAACAACUCAGAGGAGCGUUGUGUGAAUCGGGCUGAACUGUGGGCAGUUUCAAGUGGGGAGUGCCCAGGGAGCUAUGGGGUUGAGAGGGAAGUGGAAGCAGAGACAGAUUUGAUGCAAACUUCCAUGGAUUGCCUGUGCCUGCUGGAGGCACAGCUUGUCUGAGCACUGCUGGAUGCUGCUCCCUGGUGCAGGACGAGCAUCCUGCCCUGCUUUGGUUUAUGGCAGUGAUGGGAUGCUCCAGCUGCAGCUCGCUCCAAGAUUGCAGCAGGACAGACUUUGAGCUAUUGAACUUGUUUGCCUUUUCCACCCAGAGGGAGAGAAAGUGGAUUGAAACUGCCUUCCCUCUGCUCUUCAGGGCUUUAUUGUCUAGCUUUGUGUUCUGCAGCUCCACUUGUACUAGUGCUUGUUUAAUAUGGAAUUGGGCACUGAGCUGGAAAAUGGAAGAGAGGAUCUCAGCUGAUUGCAGUGCUGGUAGGCUGCCCUAGCCCUAAAGCUGUGCUUCAUGCUAACAAAUGUCCCUGGCAUUCCUGCCGAGACUUGGUUGAUACCAGCUAACAUCAGGCAAUUCUGGAACAUGAUAAAGCAGUGCUGAUGUCAGUUUUUAACAGAAAAAAAAAAAAGUUUCAGAUUGAAAUCUCUUCUUUUACUUCCCUUCUCACCUUCUUAGCUGUGUUGAAUGCUAAUUUACUCUUGUGUUGAGAGCAGGAGGAAAAAUCAGUGAUGCUGACAGACCCUUCUGUCUUCAGAUUUGAGACCUGUUCUGCAAUUGGUCUUGUGCAGACUUAGGAAAUCCCGUGGAUGCUUGUGGAGCUGCUCUCAGGCUUGCAGGUCUCUCUCUGUGGAUUGUGUACAGGAGUAGGAUCUGCAUAGCUGCUCUCCAUAGUGAACCUGGGGAAAGUGAAGUUUUUGUUCUUUACAGAAGACAGUGGUAGAAAGAAAUGGCCAUUUUCCCACCAGCCCCAAAAAGUGAAUUUUGCUGAACAUCUUUCAGUUCCUGAAAGAAUGUAAAAGGAUGCAGACCCUAGAGGGUGUUUCUAGUUUUAAUGUUCUUAUCCUAUGAGGGCAAAAUGUGUUGGGUCAGCGUGUGUGAAGCAGACUUGUACUUACUCCUUGCAGGGAAUACAGAAGAAACAGUGCCAUUAUCUUUGAUAGCUGUAUUAGAACAUAAAUCACAUAGGUAAAUCAGACUUUUCCUAAACUUUCACUUCUGCACAGAUUUAUAUGAGUUCAGCUAAGGUAGGAACCACACAAAGCCCACCCCUGCACAGUAAAACAGUCCAAACUUGUGCAUUUGUGGGGUUGUUGGUGCUGGGAAUUGUUAUUUUUUGUCUGAACCUGCUGCAAACUGCAGUGCAGAAAAUCAACCUUGCUCUUUAUUAUUCUAAAUAAUGGGGAAAUUGAGAAAUCUAAGAGCCUGCCCCACAAAUACAACACAUUGAGAUAGCCCCAUCUCGGGCACCUGGUCACAAAGUUUCCUGUUAUUUUUUUUCCACCCCACUAAGUCCUCUGUAAGACCUGACCUGAUGCAAGGGAACCAAAACCUGAGUCUGCAGGGCAUAUUUUUGUGUAAUCUGAGAGAGUAACCCAGGGUCAUCAAGAAAGAGUUUUUAGGAAUAUGUCACUGUUUCACUCUGCUCCAUGGCGAAGGUCUGUGUCUCAGGGACUGUUGACAUUUUGCUGAUAGUUCCUCAAGUUUGGCCCUCCCACAGAGCUCUCAGAGGUAAGUGAUUGUACUCUGUAAAGAGAGUGUGUGUUUACCCCCUAGCCUGGCCUGACCCUGCCUCUCACCAUCCCCAAGGUGCUACUCCCCUGUCCGAUUGCUCAGCCAGGCAAAGGAAUGGGCAGAGCAGCACUUUGCUCCCUGGCUAUGAAUCCACAGGCAUGGAUGCUUCUUUGUGCAGUGUGUACAUCUCAUGUCAUGCCCCACUGCAAAUUGCCUGAGUGUGGUAGCUGUGACCACAGUUCUUUCUUGUUGAUGAGAAAAGAUGUUCCUGCUCUAGUGAACGUGCAUACAUACAUACUGGAAAUUCCAGGCAGUAAUGGGAUGCCAUAAGGUCAUUUAACAGUCCUGAAAUACGUAUUUCCCCACAGAGCACAAAAGAAUUUGUGCCAGUAGUCUUUGCUUGCUGUAAUUCGAGUAGAAGAUGGGACACACUUGCACAUCUCCAGAUCCCCAAAGAGCCUUUGGAAUACCUGUAUCAUUAGGGUGUUUUUUGAAAUGCCCUAAUCACACAUGAUACCUGUGUUUCUAGAAGAGCUGAUUGUGGUGGGUAAGCAAAACCUGGCUCCAUCAAGGAUGAGCCUCUUUGUGAGUAUUUGGAGCUUGUCUGACCAUAGGCUGUAUUUUCAUGGAUAUGAAGUUUGGAAGUAGUGCUCUCUCACCUUUGAGACUCUUCCCAGAGAUGCUGUUGAUCUCACCAGCCCUCAUGUUUCACUCACUGUCUCAUGAUUAGCACAGUCCUAAGGCUGCUCUGUGCUGAUGCAGUAAGUAACAUCUCAGUGUUUCAUUGUCACCUUCGCAGCUGUUAGAGGGCACCAGUUCCUUCAGGAUCACCUGCCAGCUGUGAUGCUGUACCUUUUACAUCACGACUCUGAGAUGACACCUCUCCUUGCUGGCAGACGAGCCAGGUGGGUAGGCAUUGCUCCUCAGAGCUCUUCUGCAUCUCAGGAGGCACAGGCUGUAGCCUGGUGUAGCAUGAAGGAAGUCAAGGACAAGGACGGUGUUGUAAAUAAGGGGCAGAGCACAGAGCCAGCUCUGCUGCAGCUGCAGAGGGCAACCUUGGGCAGAUCAGUUCCUCUGCAGUUGCAUUUCCCAGGACAGCCUCACUCCUGCCUGCUGACUAUGACAAGGUUUUGGUCUCCUGGUUGGGCAGAGGUUGAUUGCUGAUGGAGUUGAAGAGGAUGCGUGUGUGCAAUAGGGGGGAAAACCUUACACCUUUUAAGCUUUUCCAGAAAUCAUCUUCCUUUUAAGUAGCAUACCCUUCUUUUCCCCUGAUGCAGAUAAGGUGGUCCAUUGUGAGACUAUCAGCCUGGAGUAUUAUGGGUAAUAUACCAGGUUAAUUAUGGAGGGGGCAGGAAACAUAGCCUGUGCAGUUUUCAACAAUAUCAAAGGGAUGCUACCUAAUGAUUUUCCUAUUAGCUCUUUUCCCAUCCUGCCAGAGUUGCUGCAGAAGUGUCAUUUACAAAGGCAGCUUGCAACUCAUUACCCUGGAUUUUCACUGUAGUUCUGCUCCAGAGAGUGUGGGCUUUUGCUGCAUGCCCCAACCUAAUGAAUUGCCUGAUUUGGUUAGUGCUGCCAUCCCUUCUGACAAGGUUAGUUGCUGACUGACAGGAAAGGGCCUGAAUUCAAUUCCCUUCUUGUUUUUAACUCACGCUUGUGUCAGGUGCAGGCUCCCUCUGGAAGUUGCCCUGUGAUCCCUUCUCUUUGUUUUUCUGUGUUCUGAGGGAAGCAGCCCAAGCUUGGAGAAGUCCUGGAGCAAGUGGCAGGGGCGUGUGUCUUGCUGCCCCUGGCAGUCCCUGCUCCAUGCCUCAAGUCCCUUUCCAGAUGGAAAAUUCCUUUGCUCUCCUGCUCUGGGACUCUGGGCUUCUCUUUUUCUUCAUAGCUUUGGGAUUUGCUGUCACCUGAGCUGGGCUUUGUAACCCUUCAGCAAUAAGUACCUGGAAAAAGGUGCAUGAAUGGUACCAGGGAAGAACAUGCAAUAUGGGCUGGGGGAACAGAACUGGUUUCCCACACAAGAGAAAACAACAGUGUCCCCACUGUGAGUGCUCCAAGGUUUGCUCCAGCCUGAUUGGGCUUUGCCAGGUACUCGUACUACAGCGCUGGAGGAAGCUCUUUGUCCUUUUUCACUAGAGAGCUGCGUGCUUUUUCAGGCUGGGAGCCUAUGGCUCAAUUCUUGCUAGGAAUUGCUCCUGGAGAGGAAAAAUCAAGGCUGUUCCUACGUCAUGUCACAAGUGUUCCCAUUUGGAAGCUGAAUUGGCUGCUGCUCAUUCAGCUGGUGGUGAACAGAAAAUAUGUAGGUCCCAUGAGUGCUAAUUUGACCUGAGUACGGACAGGGAACUCUGGGACUCCUGCUCCACUCACUUCCAGGUGUGUGAACACAUCUCUGCUAAAGGCCAUUGUCUGAGACUGUGGUUGAGAUAUCAGGUACCACCUCCUGAGGCUGCACUUCGCAUCCAGAACAACUGUUGUUUACUUAGGCUGUCUGGGCUGGGAUGUUUUCCAGCGCUGGCCAUGGAUCCCUUCAUGGGAUGUUGUGAGGAUCUGACCUAGCUGGCCCACAGGGGAGGCAGUGAUGAGAGAUGAAUUUGUUUUUGCUACACAAGAUGCUUCCUUGCCUCUUAAUUAGAUUCCUGUGGCCUCUCUUUCUUGCUGCCCUUGUUUUCUACUGAGUCCCUGUCAGGGAGACCCAGCUGUGGUCAUUUUGGGUGAGUGCUGUGUUCUAAUGAGCCACUUCUGAUUCCCAUUCUUGCCUGUCCAGUGAAGCAGGAAAGUGCUCAUCAGGGCUCUGAGAACUGACCUGCUACCAGGGCCACUCUCUGCCUGUCAGACCACUGAUCUGGCUGUGCCAUGGAGGUGCUGAGGUUGAGUGAAUCUGAGCUUUCCCAAGUGUUUUUUCACCCCUAGUGCUGCCUUCCCUCUUGCACAUCAGCUCCACCAUGCAUGGACAUGAUAUUUCUGUUGUGCUGGUGUGAAUCCACAUCCUGAGGGACAGGGUGGCUUAUCCCUGGUCAGACCAGAAGCAGCAAAGCUAGGAACCAAGCUGUUAUCCUCUCCCUCUGCAGCAGGAGCUCUAGCUCUGAUUGCACUUGUCUGCCAAAGCUAAUGGCCUUUUGCCAUACAGCUUUGCCCUUUCCUUGGGCUUGCUCUUUCCCAGGAAGCCCAGUGGAUAGAAGGGACCUAUGCUAUGGCCUGUGCUUUUUCUCUUGGACAAUGCUGCUGUGGAGAAACAGAAAUCCAGACUGUACAUGACCCCAGGCUGUGUUCUUCUAUCUCCCAACCUUAUCUUAGGUUCUGCCUCAGGUGGUCAAAUUGUGUGGAUUGAAUUCUUGAGACUGAGUCACUGCCACUGUGUUGAGGUCAACCCCUCUGUCACUGGGCAGGUGGUUUUAUUUCAGCUCUGGCUUGCAGCAAAAAGCCAAAACUGGAAGGGGAAUCGUCCCCUUGGUCCCAGCCUGUCACUCUGUGAUGGUCACUAUGGCUUCAAGCUCAAGGACCGGGACCCUGAACGGGACCUGCAGUACUGCCUUCUUACUCCUCUGUUCAGACCUGGCUAUGCAAAGCCUGCACAGUAAGCAAUUCCUUAUUGUCCUUUAGGUUUCCUGGGUGGACAGUCCCCUCUAAUGGGCAUCUCUUUAGGAGCUCCUGAUAUAGCCCCUUCUUCCUUAUAAAGAUGUGUGGAGCUGGAAGGGCAACCUUCACAGGUGUACUUGCCUUACAGAGCCCUGACAGUAGGUUGUCAUUCCCUAUGAGAGCUGCCACAUGCCCAUCCUGCAUCCCUCCCUGCCAGGGUCUUGAUUUUGUUCUCCAUAGGCAACAUCUAACGUGGUCCAUCAGCUGCUGCUCCCCAUCCAGCUGGACCCUGUGAGCGCUGCGAGGUGGAUCCCUGUCUCUGAUGGAGGCUGUGCUCAUGCAAGGUCAGAAAUGUGUCCUACUGAUGAUUGAGCUGUCGGGUUUCUGUAUGAAUCCUCUUGUUCUGUGCACCCAGGGUUCUGUCAGAGCUGGGGUGAGUCUGGCUGGAGGUUUCUAUGGUUUCCUGGUGGUUGCUAAGGAAAAGGAUCACUUUGCCUCUGGGUCUUGGUGACUUUCUUUUUGCCCUGUCCUAGGCACCGGAGCCCAGCAGAACAUAAUGCUCGUUGUUUCCCAGCCCACUACAAUGGCCAGGGCAUAAUUUGUGACUCCUGUCACGGCUGGGCUGGGCACCUGCCACUCUCUUUUUUUUCUAAGACCUCUUUGAAGAAUGAGACCAAAGAGCCUUCAAGCAGGAGUUUGCAUGUUUACUGCACUCCCUGCCCCCUCGCUUGCUGUUUCCUUUAGAGCUCCGAGUCAUUUUAACAAUUUAUUUCAUGCACUUUACAUAGCAAGAAGCUGUAGCAACAGCUGUGUCCAUGAAUCCUUACAAGGCAGCUCUCAGUAUAUUUUGGUCUGUCUACGUAUUGUCCCUGGCUCAGUUAAAUAAAUCUCUGCUGGAGGAAGGGACUUUACAGCUUAGUGGCAAAGGGUUGGUGAAUGGGAAUAUCAACAAGACACUUAGUGGGCCUCUGGAUCCUGGAAUAGCAGUGCCUCCGGCACAAAGCUCUGCUCCCACCAGCGCAGCCGGGGGCCAGAUCCAGCGUGGGCUUUUUGUUGCUGUCAGCAGGGACGGCGUCUCCAUCCAGCACCAGCGAUAGAGCUGUAGUUACGGGCUGAAGCUUGAACUAGAAGUUGUUAAAGCACGUGUAGGACAGACGCUGCCCUUGUCACACUGCUGUCGAUCCAGGGCUCGGCUGCUAACAAUGGUGGGCUCAUUUCCACGGGUGCCAUUUGGGAUCUGGGCAUGGAUGUGCUGCCUGAGGCCAUGUGCUCUCGCAAGGAGCUCAGCUGGGGUCUGCAGAGUCUUGCAGCGCCAGGCAAGAUUCAGUCCAUCAAAGCAUCACAGGAUUGGGCACAAGUUUACUUUUGCAUAUGGGAUCAAAGCUUAAAAUAUCAGCUGGCCUUUCUCUCACUCCUGACUUUUCUAAAAACAUCUGAACAAUUUCUUCUUUAGGUCUGUUAAAAUCAAUCAAUCCGACAUUUAAAUUGUAUGUGAAUUUGAUAAAUAAAGACAGGUUACAAAAUG